GUCAUUGUGCCGCGCACAAGUCAAACAACAUGACGUAUCGCGUCGAUAUCGUUACUCUCCUGCUCCUCUUUGUAUCCCUGCAGCGAACGUGUCUCGCUGUCAUCGACAUAAAAUUCGAGGACGUCAACGUCGAAUACGUUAAUGGCGAGUACAUUGAUGAGGAUUCUUUUGAUAUAUCGGUGAACUACAUCAACGAUACGUACAACACUUUGAGAUGCAAAGCCAAGGUUCUCAAAGACUUUCCCGACAAACUUGCCGUGUCCUUCAAGAUGUUUGGCUACGCAUCCGGAGAUUAUAAAUUACCCAUGGGUAUCAACGUCGAGGUGUCGUCGUGUGAUCUGAAAACGAAGCCAAUCUUCAUUGCACCCUUUAUAGAAGCCAUCGGUGGAGAUUUCAAAAAGUGCUCGCCCACUAAGGGUGAAUAUAAAAACGAGAGUUUUUAUCCGGUGAAUCUGGCCAUUCUUCCCAACAUAUUUCCCGAGAAUAAGUACCGCAUGGACGUGGAAGUGAAGAGCAGCGAUCUCGUCAUCGUUCAAGCUCAGUUUUACAUCGAUAUCACUCAAUAGUACAUAGACGAACGAAUAAAAAUGUAGUUGUACCUCGA